AAUGUGCUGUUCAGAACAGUAAUGUCAAUGCAACCGGUCCUGCAUCAACAUCACAAUCUGUAACGGAAUCUGUGAACGUGUCGGCUUCACAAGUAACACCAUCGCGAGCGUCAGUGCUGACAACAACUGCAAUCAGAACUACAAAAGAAUCCAUUGCAAACAAUUCCAUGCCUUCUUCGCCUAAUACUGCACAACAAAUAACACAAAGUACACCACCACAACCACCAGUAAAAGUGAUCACUACAGCAGCAGCUAAAAGUGGCAGCACAAAAAAGACUACACAAGCAAGUACAACACAAUUGGCACAAAAUGAGAGUUUGAGUGCUUCAUCUACUGAGGGAUCAUCUUUUUCUUCUAGAAACUCUCUACAAAACACCACUCCUGCUCCUGGAACCUCAAGCCUUCACGUGAGCUCCUCGACAACAUGGACAACUUCUGACAGCCCUAGAAGCAGUCCUGGAAAUAAGGAAGCGCCAGCAAGUGCUAUCCACUAUUCUAGCGUUACCUUGCCAAUUGUCAUCACCUUGAUAGUCAUUACCCUUUCUGUCUUCUCACUGGUGGCUUUGUACAGAAUGUGCCAGAAGAAAACUCCAGAGAGACAAGAGAACGGCACUGAACAGGCCCAAUCAGAUAAAGAAGGAGUCAAACUUCUUUCUGUGAAGACAACUUCUCCUGAGACUGGUUGCCAGUUAUCUCUUUCCCCUACUGACAUUUCAGAGGUUGCCCUAUAG